CGAGUUCUCUGCCCAACGAGUGCCGUACGCUCGUCCGAUAUACGCUAAUUCAUUUUGUCAACAUUUGAACUGCACGCAGGCAGGCAACGACUGCUCAAUUUCAACAAGCCGAGCCGGUGGCUGGGAAGGCAAGAAGUCGGCAUAGCUGUUUGAUGAUUAUAUACGGCUGUGUCACUUCGAGCCAGCUCAAUCCACCGGCUUUCUUCAGGUGGAAGAAAAUUUUGCCGAACGCAGCCGCUCCCGUGCUAAUGAAGAAAGUUGGAUCGCUCCCGUAACGUUUCCGCCGGGAGGGGGCGCGUCUGACAGCUGUCAUUUGCGCGCAUUUCUAGCGAAUGGACGUGGGAAGGAAAUUUUUAUUUUUAUCACACACGACGAUGUUCCCGUAGAGUGCGACCGGCGUGUACGUGCGUGACGAACCGAUACGAAAACACGACGACAGUAUGGCGAACGAGGAGGUGUUGGGUCCUCGGAAGACGAUGUUUGUAAUAGUGAUUGUUGUGGGGUGUUUUGCGGUGUUGUGGCCCAGGAUCCUCUCCCCGCUGAUCUUGGGCCACACGCGGGAGCAGCUAAAGCCCAACCAGUUCGACCGGGAGGCAGGAUGUUGCGAGGUGAUGUUCGAGAAAGAGGUUGCACUAUUGGAGCUAUUGAACGAAGUCUGCGGCUCAGUCGUCCAUGCGAACGGGAAACUCUCGCCGUAUGCUGCAGCAGAAUGCAGGAAGACGGUAAACGAGACGUGCGGAGUCGACAUCGCCGCGUUCAUCAAACGGGACGAGAAUGUCGGAAAGACGACUAAGAAACUCCUGGAAAUGAUGAAAACCAGUAAUAGUUCCUGUCUGAAGGAACAUUUCGGAGUACCAGAGUGGAGCAUCACCAAUCACGUCGCCUUGAACUCUUGGACGCUACCGGACAUCGUGAAGCAGGAGCGUCCACCGAUGCGUGUCGGGCCCCACCCGGCGCUGAAAGAGAGGGGCCGAGCCAUCCCCCCUGGGGGACCCCCGCCCAACCGCGGCCCGAUCGCCAUGCCGCCCCACGUCAGGGUACGCUCGUCCCCAUUAGACGUGUACUUUGAGAUCGACAUCAAGCCGCCGCCGAUCCCGGGCAUGAGGCCGCCCCUGGGCUCCCCCGGCGGCCCCGUGCCCGCCCCCAAGUCCUCCAUGGGGUUCGUCAUGCCGAUCUACACCAUUUGCAUCAUCGUAUUCUUCGUCUAUACACUGAGCAAGAUCCUGUUCAAGCGUACGGGCUCACCAGUUUACGAGUCUGUCUCACCUGACCCUCAGUUCAGGAGACGAGUCUUCCGCGAUGACUCCAGGACCUCGCCUGAUAAACUGGUUGUUACGGCCAUAUCGGGCCUGGUAGCAGAGGUGCAGCAGCAAAUGGAGGCGAGCUACGCGCAAAACCAGCAACGACAGGAUCUGCAGGAUAAUCACGCUCGUCCAUAUACUAAUGGAACAGUUCUCCAUAAUACUGGCCCUGUGCAUAUCGUUGCUAGCGAAUAUAGGGACAAAUCAAAAGAACGAAGUCCUGCUCCGGCUAAAGAAUUUUCAACAGAAUUGAAGGAACCUGAACCGGAAGUACUUUCAAUGGAAGCAAAAGAACCUGUUUUAGAUCUCGAAGAACCUAUUCCGGAGGUGGAAGAACCAAUUAUAGCACCAAAAGAAUCUACCCCAGAACCACAAGAAUCUAUUGUAGAAGAAAAAGAGUUUACCCCAGAACCACAAGAAGACAGCCUAAAACAAAAAGAGGAUAUCACAUAUUUACAAGAACGGUUCCCGGAAUCAAAAGAAUCAAACCCUGAACCAGAAGAAGCUGUGGCAGUGGUUGAACCUAAAGACAAUGCUCAAGAACAAAGAGAAUCUUCUCCAGAUCUUAACAAAUUCACUGUAGAAUCAAAUGAACCCAAAGACCCGUCAAAAGAAGUAACAGAUCCACCCCUGGUACUCGAAGAUAAUCUCCAAGCAAAUGUUCAAAAUACAACUGUAGAAGAAAACGAGUUAGAAACAAAAGAAAACGUAAAGGCAAAUCACGAUGACGCAAAUGCAGAAAUUAUUAAAUUGACAGAAAACAUAGAAUCAGUUGUAGACAAUGCUUUAGCCAAAACAGUAGAGGAUUUCCUAAACGAUGCAAAGACAAAUGGUGAAAGUCAAGAACCUAAACAAUCUACCCCAGAGCUUUUAGAAGAAGCCCUUAAGGAAGAGUCACCGGAAAAGGAGACGGAAAAUGAGGAAGACGAAGAAAAGGCGUCUGUCAAGGUGGUAGGGAUGGAGAUGACGGCGCAUACGGCCGACGGCGGUGAGUGGCAUCCGCGGCCCGCGCCCGCUGCCGCCUGUGCGCCCGCCCCGCGACCGCACGUGGCUGAAGAAGUGAAGGCGAUAUAUCUGGAGGGCGACAUCCCGCAGCAGUCUCGAGUUCUCGUCGCUGAAUUCGAAGACCAUGCGCAAGAGAAACCGCCCACUAAACACUCGCCGACUGUGGUCAGUGGCAAAAUGACGCUGUCGUUAAUACAAGACGCACCUCGAGACACUCCAGAGAGAGACCUUGAGUCGACUCUGGAUGACUUCACAACGGCAAGUGGCAUCACGCAGCCGGCUGAAGGGAAGGAAGAAGAAUCCGAAGAAGAAGUGGAAGAGGAAAUAGAAGUGGAAGAGAUCGAGGAAGAGGUGGAAGAGGUAGAAGAAGAAGCGGAAGAAGAGAUACCGGCGAAGCCGCAAGAAGCACUGAACACUGACAAACCCAGUGAGGUGAAAUUGAAUGAAUGAACUGAAUAGGUAUACUGUAUAAAUACGAAAUGGUUGCGUCGCGACGUUAGGGAAAAAGGCAAAAUUCUUGUUUUUAUUUGUUAUUUAUAUUGCUACUUAAUUUACCAUAGAUUCAAACUGUAACAAUGAUAAAUUGUAAGCUCAUAAAAAAUGUUACCCCUCAAUUUCUAAUUAAAUAAGAAAAUAUAUUUGUUCUUAUUAACUAAAACUUUUUAUAAUUUCUUUAUCAAAACAAAACAGUAUUUUCAUGUAAAUAUAUUAUAUAUAUAAGUUUUUAUAUAUAUAACGUAACCGAAUUGUGAUCUCUAACGUCCACGACGCAAGAACUAGAUUGUAACGAUUGUAUUGAGGCAACUUCUUCCCAUUGAUCGUACUUUUGCUUUGCAAUGUUCUUAUUUGUAAUUGAUCAUAAUUUUAUUACCUUACUUGUUAGGGUUUUAUUUAGUUGAUAAUUUAAGAGUGUGUGAUAUACAAGAUUUUCUGAAGUAGUGUACGUUUUUUAGUGUGUAUUUAUUAUGUGCCGAUCGUACGAAUUUAUUUAAUAUAUAGAAAAAUGUUGCUCGUGACAAAAAAUCGAUUACCCCGAUCGUGAAACUCCGCUUUGCGUAGUCGAUUUUUUAAAAAUGGCAAUAUUGAAAUAGAUUUUAGGCCGCUUGUUAAAUCUCGGAGAUUUUAUUAUUUUUAGAUAUUAAAUCUUAUUGUUAUGAAUUUCGAUCAGUCUGCUUUUAUGUGCCAAAAUUCUUCCAGCUGUUGUUAUUUAAAUAAUUAAGUUUUUGAGUAUUCGUAUCAUACUUUUUACAUUUGUAUUUAAUUAUUAAAAGUUUUUAUAAAUAAGGUGUUAAUGUCCUAUAUUCUAUGCCUUUUGAGAGCCAGUAAGAGCAGUGUUGACGUUAUAAAAAAUUAUUUGAGGCAGCAGUUUUUUAGAUGCGGAAUGCAUUAUAAUGUUUUUUUGUAAAUGUUAGAAAAAAGGCUGAAAAAACGCUCAGUAAUUUUCUAAUAAUAAUGCAUGUUUUAAUCUAUUUUAACGUAAGUCUGCGAAUUAGCCAAAUCUUCAAUAAGUCAAGCUCUGAAGAUGCCCCAAUAUUGAACUAAUUUUACAUUUAUCGAUAUUAUUAUAUCGUAUUAAUUAUAAGUAGGUAUCGUAUUAUUAAAAUUUGCACCUGUGUGAGAUUGAGGUAGGCAGAAGUAGGUAAUUGUGCAUUUAAAAUUAUGUGCAAGUUAUUUUUUUUUUUAAUUAAAUCAACGUGUUUAGUGUUUUCGCAUCACAAUACAGAUCCAUUUUAUAAAUGAGGUAGUAAGAAUGAUAUUAUUUUUCAGUACUUUUACAGGGAAAAAUUAUUAAUAUAAUGACAACGCUUUUUUUGUCAAAUUUUGUGAAAUGUAUGUAAUGAGGAUUGGAAAUAGCCUAGCAUCUCCACCUUUUACGCUUCCAAGUAUCUAAGGCCGUAAUCAAAGUGUCACCCUUUAGCAACGAAGAAGAAAUGAUAGUCUUUCUCUCUAACAAAGGCCGCCAAUACAUAACUGCAAACUCCUACAACUAAACUUUAAUUCUAACGCGACACAAAUACAGACAGAACAAAAUACUUUGACCAAUCAAAUAUCUGCAAAUGAAUUCGGCUAUCCAUUCAUUGGGUAAGAUAAUGUUGUACGAGAAUUCCCAGUUAAUCCCAUGAUCGGCGUGUUGAUCGCAGCUUUUUCGGCCCGCCCACUGAAUCGCAGUUUGCGUGGAACCACUUUCUAGCGUAAUUCGCAUUAUACCUAUAUCAUUUCUAAUUCGUUGCCUAGUAGAGAUGAAAUAAUAACUUAUUUGUCUGUAUUUUAAUGGCCUUGGAUAUUAGUAUUGACACAUUAAGAGCUCUAACAUUCCUCUUCUCAUUUUUAACUGUGUGAGCAUAUCUUUUAAAAGGGGGAACCCCCUAUUACUAAUUGUUUGAAAUCAACAGAGAAUUGGCAAGGCGAUCUCAAAAUUAAAAAUUUCAACAGAUCCUUUAAGACAGUUGGUUAGUACUUAUAUUUUAAAUAGAAGUAGCAAAUUUAACAUUUAUCUGUAGCAUUUUGUUGAUCGCUUAUUAUUAUCAAUUAGUCAUAAGAAUAAACGUGAAUUAACAA